GCUUUUGCGUUGUAUGUAUUGCACUAUUAGAGCCAGAUGUGGAAGCUUCCUAUCAUGUUUAAGAAGUUCCUCUUAUUCUGUUUAAAUUCUUGUGCGAGUGUAUUGAAUAAUACCGACAUUUGCAUAAAUCUUUGUAUAAAUUGACUAUUGCAUCUUAGAGUUGUCUCCCGUUUUGGACACUCCUUCAUUCCAGCUGCACGGUUGUUACUUUUCUCAACUUCUUUAUCUUAAAAUUUCCUGUUAGCUAGCUGGAAAUAUUGCUUACAAUAGAAAGUCUACAACUGCUUUCAUAUUACUUGAAUUUGGAGCAUUCAGGAAAAAUAUAUUUAGGUUACCUGGUGAUUAGAAAAUCGGCCAGAAGCACAAAGAUUUCUGAUUGCAGGUUGAUGAAAAUAUUUUGUAGUCACUGUUAUUGUUCUAGGCAGAAUAUAAUUCUUGAAUAGUAGCUUAGAAUGUACAUCCAGUAAACCUUGGUUUUUGGUUCUUAUGAUCACAAAGAACUUUGUCAAAUGGAGUAUGUAGAUUCACUUGACAGGAAUUUUCAAUUGGCUCUUCCGUUUAUCUCUUCUUUUUUUCUUGGAGCUUAUGACUAUAAAGUACUUUUGCAGACAGAAUAUCUUUAGAUUUACUUGGCAGGCACUUGCAUUUGUUAUCAUAUACAUAGUUCUUAUUCUUCCUUUUCCUCUAUUUUUGUCUCAUAUGAGUGGUAUUAUACUUCUUAAUAAUUUGUUGGGGGCAAUCAUGUCUGUUGGAUGGUCUCUGUUUUCUGUUUUCAAGGAGAAAAAACUGCAGGAGCUGCAGGUGUCAGUGGUUAAUAUGUUGAGGUAAAAUUCAUCAUACAAACAUUGCGAGUAGUUGAAAGACCUGUUUGGAAUAGUUGAACUUGGAGUGCUUGCAGAUGUCCCAGGUAGCAAUUAAGGAACUUGGAGUUGACCACCUGCAGUAAGACCAAAUGUAUUCUUAUGCAACUGAAUCAUGAAGCCAUCAAGAGGAGCCUGUGAAUUGUUCUCAAACAUCAUGCUGAAACUUUGCAUGAGAGAGGAUGGUAAACAACAAGUAUGUAUAGUUGGAUUGCAAGAAUACAGGGUCUCUGACGUGAAGAUGAUUAAAGAGCUCAUAGAUAGAGGUAAUGCAACUAGAAGUACUGGUGCCAAUGAGGAAUCAUCCAGGUCACAUUUUAUUCUCCAGCUUUCUGUUAAGAGAUCAGUAGAUGGCAGGGAAUCUAAACCUCCCGUGUUAUUGGGAUGCGCAGGAAGUGAACGUGGCGUAGACACCACUGAUAAUGAUAAGCAAACUAGGUGUUUAUCUACUAAAUAACUGCUUUUUCUUUGUCUAUUAAUAAAAUUUUUCGCUGAAUUUUUUUCUUUCUAUCCUGUUACCUUGCCUCCUAUUAUGUAGAAUUAAAGGAGCGGAGAUUAAUAAAAGUUUGCUUCGAGCGCUUGAUAAUGAUCAAAAACACAUACCUUUUAGAGGCAGUAAAUUAACUGAAGUGCUGAGGGACUCUUUUGUUGGAAAUAGUAGUGCUGUUAUGAUAUCUUGCAUCCCCCCAAAUACAGGAUCUUGUGAGCAUACUUUAAAUACAUUAAGAUAUGCAGACAGGUAGUCAUUUCUUGAAUUUGAUUUUGUUCACACUGCUACUAUUUUCUGCAUUUGUAUACUCUUACCUUUGCACUUUGCUUUAAAACUGUAACACCCCGUAUUUUCGGGCUAGAGUUUAGACCGUCGCUCCUACGUAUAUAGACCCGAACUAAAUUAUUCUUUAUUAACAUACGUGUGGUAAUCACUCCUAUCGUAAUGCCCCGUAAAAUUCUCGAGUCGAUUUCAUUUUUAGUGUUAUGUUUGAGGGGCUAAUAACUAGAAUAUUUUUUUCUUAGUGUAAUAAGGACUUAAAGUCAUUUUAGCUGGCUAUCUUGGGGAUACAACUUUUCAACCUUCCCGACAUCCGUUUUUAGAUUUUCAAGUUGCGUUACGAUUGAGCAAGCUCAUAGUACAUC